CGCCCACCACCCUCCCUCUUCCCUUCGGUGCGUCUCGGUCCGCCCGCAGCAGUCUCCUUCCCCCGCGACGGUUCACUACAGAGAUGGCUGCGAAAGUGUGCAGGUCGGUGCUCCUGUUGUCCCGGAGCAGCGGAGCGGCGGCCGGCAGCCUGCCCGCACUCGUCGUCUCCACACAGCGACACCGCCAGCACAUACGACCGCAGGACGUACUGUCUGCUCCUCUCAGCCGCCAGACUGUCAGGAGAGCACAUGGCCUACGGUCAUCAGCCCACUCCACACUCUUCACCCAGCCGCCCACUGCCCUGUCUCCACAGGUUUGGAGGGGCGGCCCCUCAUGGCAUGGCCAGAGACUGUUGUGUUCUUCCGCUGCUCCAGAAGAGGUGACGGUGGUGUAUCAGAACGGGCUGCCGGUGAUCUCAGUCAGUUUGCCUUCCAGACGAGAGCGCUGCCAGUUCACCCUCAAGCCUCUCAGUGACUGUGUGGGAGUUUUCCUGCAACAACUCCAGGCAGAGGACAGAGGCAUCGACCGGGUAGCCAUCUACUCCAUAGAUGGAGCAAGGGUGGCCUCCUCCACGGGUAUAGACAUCCUGCUGCUGGAUGAUUUCAAACUCGUCAUUAACGACACCACACACCUCGUGCGGCCACCAAGGAGAGAGCUGCUGCCCCACGAGGAGGCGGAGAGGCUGAAUGAUGUCAAGUUUCUGGUGCAGCAGCUCUACACCACCCUGCGCAUCGAGGAGCACCAACUUAGCAAAGAGCGUGAGCUGAUUGGACGACUGGAGGACCUCAACUCUGAACUCCGUCCGCUAGAGAAGAUGAAGGUGGAGCUGAGUAAGAAGGCAGAGCGGCGCACCACCUGGGUGCUGUGGGGAGGCAUGGCGUACAUGGCCACCCAGUUUGGCAUCCUGGCCCGGCUCACCUGGUGGGAGUACUCCUGGGAUAUUAUGGAACCCGUCACCUACUUCAUCACUUAUGGCACGGCCAUGGCCAUGUACGCCUACUUUGUGCUUACACGCCAGGAGUAUAUUUACCCCGAUGCUAGAGACAGACAGUAUCUGCUGUUCUUCCACAAGGGGGUGAAGAGGACACGCUUCGACAUUGAGAAGUACAACAAGCUGAAGGAUGAUGUUGCCGAGGUGGAGUUGGAUCUGAAGCGUCUUCGGGACCCGCUCCAGCUCCAGCUCCCGGUUCAGCAGCUCACCACCAGUAAAAAUUGAUAGAAAGAGUGAAUCCCUCCUUUCUCAGCUCCUGCAAGCCCUUCUCUCUUCCCUACUUCCGUCCAACACCCUUCUCCCUCCUCUUUCACCCCCAACUAUUUCUCAGACUCCCCCCCCUCUCCCCAUCCCUCCCACACCCAAUAAUCCCAUCCCUUUCUCGACUGUGGGAGAUAGUUUUUUCUCUUUCCUUUUUUUUUUGGUUUCUUUUUUUUGUUUUUCUUUUUACUUUCCUGACUGAAAACUCCAGUUGGAAUCGCAAGUAAAAAAAUAAAAUAAAAAAAACGCUAAAUGACAAAGAAGGAUGAUGAGAAUACCAGGAACUGAAGUCUUGUACAGGGGAAGGUUGGUGAGGAUGAUGAAAAGGACGAUGAUGAUGAUGAUGAUGAUGAUGAUGAUGAUGAUGAUGAUGAUAAUGGAAUAAAACUGGGCACUAUGGAUAUUCUUCGUCUUCAGAAGGACAGCCUGUAAGGAACUCCAGGGGGAAAAUCGGGAAUCAUCACACCUCUUAGACGCUCCAGGACAGAGGACAUACAGAGGGGCAUUGUUGAGUGUUUGUAUGUGUGUGUGCGUGGGGGACUCUCAGGGUACACUGGGACACCGACCCUGCCCAAGCUGCGGAUUGACAUAGCAGUAUAGUCCUGCUUCCUUGAGCAGUCAAACUUUCAGCACACACACUUACUCUUGGUCGGGGCAGGCUCCAGGGAGACUCUCUAUCCCACAUGUUAAAGUUUACAAGAAAGUCCUUACUGCAGUUGCACCAUCAGGGAGACCUUCAUCUUCCUGGAGCGGAACUCUGCUGCCUCUCCCUCCCUGGGCCAUGCCGCCUACAGGUGACGGACAACUGUCCUUCCACGUGUGAACUUUGUCAGGAGCUUGUCUCGACUCGCAGGAUGUAGGCAUGACGACGCCUUGUUUCCUCUUCCUGUUGAUGUCCUGUAGCGGCCCGUUUGCGCAAGUAUGAGAGUACUACCGACAACAACAUCACUGUGUGUUCUUUUAUUCCAAAAAAAAUAUUUUGGCACUUUUUAUUUUGAAAGCCAUAGUAUAUUUGUUAUGAAAGAAUAUAAAUAUAUAUAUGUAUACAAUCAAAUAAACAGAUGACCAGAGGCUAGUUUAUUUCAAGUGGGGGGAGGAGCUCUCUUACAAACGUCAUUCGUUGCGAGAAAACUCAUUUAAAUCCUCUGAACAUCUCCUGUCAUGAAUGACCCUCGCUACCACAUAAAUUAAAAAGAGCAUUAUGCUGUGUGCUAUUUCAUAUCUUUUUAUGACUACUCACAGUUUGUUUCACAAUAACUACGUCCAGGUUGGACGUAAGGCUCCUUUGCAUGGCCGCCACAGGGGGCGAACAAUAUUGAAGCCAAAUCAGGGUGAAACUGGAUUCAAUUGCAUUGGCAGAACAGCUUCGUUGCACCUUGGCAUUGAUUUUACAAGUCUCUGAGCUCUAAUGGAGGGACAAACACCAUUAAUCCAAAAGUCGUUCCCUCGUUUGGCCGAUAGUUGUCCAGUUGGGCUGAGAUCUGACUGAGAAGGCCACAGCAUAAUGAGUCUCAUGUUAUUUUCUUACUCCUAAAUCCAUUCAAUGACCCCUCAUGCCAGAUGGAUGGGGGCGUUCUUGUCCUGUUUCUCCACUCAUUUUUCAGGUGUUUCCUUUAUUUUGUCACCAGUCUGUAUAGCUGCCUAAUGCUCCACAUAAUGAAAAGGUUGAAAUGUUGAGACCACUGCCUCAGAGAAACCUACGGGCACGUCAUUGUUUAAUAUAUUUGAGGAACUGAAUGGCUUAAGAAAAAGAAGAAAAAAAAGAAAAUAUGCAGUUUACAGGAGGAGCAGUUCAACAUCUCCCUUUCCUUGUAUUUAAAGCUAACAGACAAAAAGAUAAAGGCUACACCUAAAAGAGGAAAUCAUCAUGGCGUUGAUUUAUAGAGGAUUUUCUUUUCCAUCUUAAAAAUAAAGCCAGAGCUUUCUCCUCCCACUGUUGCUGUAAUGCCCCCCUGCUCCCUUGAUGGCAAGGCAGGGUAGACUGCAUGCUGUGGUAUGCCCUCAGUAGAAAUAUGUGAAUGUGUAGGAGCAUUAUUGCAAUUUUGUACUUAAUUGGACACUUUUCUUUGCCACAUCUAGCUGAAGUCUCACCCCCCCGAUCGGUUCAUAUCAAAGCUUAUAGAAAACAUAUAUUUGUGUUGUCCAUCCUUUUGAGGGGGGGGUCGUUGGUCACUGAAUAAACCUUUGUUGGCUUCACUUGGUUUUUCUAUUAAGGGUGAUCAUCCAUGGCUCUCUCUCUGGUCCCAUUUAUGUCUCCAUAAAAAAAGAAAAAGUUAUCCAGUUAUUUUCACUCUCACCUGCCGUAGAUCCCCUCUGCACAAUGACGCGACGUCCCUGCACACCGACUCGAGUUCGAGAUCGUCUCCUCUCGUGUGUGAACAGUUGCCUGAACCCUGCAGAUGAGAUCCUUGUGUUUAGCCGUAGAUUUAUUUUAUGAACAAAAUGCAUGAUUUCGGGGGUCAAAUCAGAAGUUAGCCAUGUCGAUCUCAAAGCAGGGUUUGGUCUGAUCUGUUGCUGUGUGUGUGCGUGCGUGCUUUAUCGCCAGAGGGAAAAUGGUGCCGUUGGCUGAGCAGCACUGACAAAGUUAAUCUCUUAUUUGGAAAGACACCUUCAUAUAAAGGAGGGUUGAAUUUGAACUGGAAUUCACUACAGUAGCUGUGUGUGCGUGAGUGUGCGCCUAUUGAAUCCGCCUGUUGACAAAUGGUUAGGGGCAAAGUUCAGAUCAGCAUAUUAAUGAAUUCUUUGCCCCUGAUCCCUGCCUGUCAAUGGUGGUAAAGAAAUCAAUUCCGCCUUCAUCCCACUUCAUAGCUGUCAUUAGCUUUAAACUCCCCCCCCCCCCCCCCCCCCCCCCCCCCCCCCCCCCCCCCCCCCACACACACACACACACACAGUGACUUGCACACACAUACACACAAAGUGGUGACAGUGUUUCCUUGGAGACGUGCUGUGCGAGGUGAGAGAGUUGAGGCCUCUCUCUGCAGUCCAAUCCUCCCCUCUGCUGUUUCUACACAACACUUCUCUCCAUCAUCACCACCUCCUUUUUUUUUCAUCAUGCCAUCCACCGUUUAUUGCCUUCGUUUUUCUCUCACUUUUAUUUUUUAAAAACAAAGUAUAUCAAAUAUAGGGAAAACUUUAUUAUAAAGAGGGUGUUGCAUGAAUGUAUGUUUACAAGGGAAAUUAUGUGAAAAAUAAAAAAAGAUGAUUUAUCGAAAACAAAAAAAAAAGCAACCUGCAAAGAUAAUUUAAGAACGUUGUUUGUAGAGACUCCUAGUUAUAAAGGGCAGUGGACAGGGCUGCGUCUUUAGAACCUGCCCUGCCAAAUCUGAAUUAAUCCCAGCCAACCAACUGCUCAAACCUCAUCCAAGCCCAGUCCCAUCUUCACCUUAUUUAAUCUCCUAAACCUGUCCUCUGCGUGCAUUACAAACUCCCCAGUAAAUGGAAUAACAUCCUCCACAAGGGAUGGAGGGUGAACGCUUCAUGACCCCUUGACCUCCGUUACUAUUGUCCUGGAUCUGAGUCCAAAGCAAAAGUGUCAGGUGCACUCUUAGUUUAUCGGGGAACACCACCCGUUCUUGUUCCUCCUGUCACUUUCAUUCACCCUCACCUUAUGUUUCUCCAAAAUCACAUUGUUAUUCUGUUUUGAACGUGUGUUCUGUUUCGAAUAUCUUUGUUUGUGUGCACUUACAAUAAGACAUGUUUAAAAUGCCUAAAGAGUGAAGCAGAAUAUCGGAUUGAAAUGAUCUUGUACUCAUCCUGACCUCUUAUUUUAUUUUGUUUUCCACAUCUUUUUUUUUCUUUUUCUGUUGACAUAUGAUGCUGUAAUGUUGGCAAAAAAAGAAAAUGUAAAAUCCUGUAUCAUUUAUGAAAUAUGUAUAAAAGAGAAAUGUAAUUCAAUUAUCAAUAAAAUCCUUAUCCAGUUUUUGGA